UGGGAAAUUCCGGUCGGAAAGUUGGGAAAUCGUAGGGUCCUUUUCGAAUUUCCUUCUGCGAGAGGCUGUCACCUGCCAGUUUUAUUUUGUGAUUCCCUUUGUUUCGGCAUGUGAGUGACUGGAAUAUUUUUUCCCGCACUAACCAAGUCUCCGGGUCGCGCAUUUCUGGUUAUAACCAGUUAAAGUGGUUAAGUUACCUGCAUAACCAGUGAAAAGUGACUCAAUCAAGUAGUUCGUCGGCAUUGGAGACCGCGCCAUUUUGCAUCGGGUCACAUUUUUCGUAUUUUUAGUUCAUACGAAAUCCAGCAGAAAUGUCAGGAGAGGAGACUUCAGCCGACCGUAAUGUAGAAAUCUGGAAAAUAAAGAAACUGAUCAAAAGUUUGGAACUGGCGAGAGGCAAUGGAACCAGCAUGAUUUCGUUAAUUAUACCGCCCAAAGAUCAAAUCUCGAGAGUUAGCAAAAUGUUAGCUGAUGAAUUCGGCACAGCCUCCAAUAUCAAGUCGAGAGUUAACAGAUUGUCAGUCUUGGGGGCUAUCACCUCAGUCCAGCAUCGCCUCAAACUCUACACAAAAGUGCCGCCAAACGGCUUAGUCAUCUACUGUGGUACGAUCGUGACGGAUGAAGGUAAAGAAAAGAAAGUCAACAUCGAUUUCGAACCGUUCAAACCUAUCAAUACCUCUCUGUACUUAUGCGACAAUAAGUUCCACACGGAAGCUCUAACGGCCUUACUGGCUGACGAUAAUAAAUUCGGUUUUAUCGUAAUGGACGGUAACGGAGCAUUAUUCGGUACAUUACAAGGCAACACUCGAGAGGUCCUCCAUAAGUUCACCGUCGAUCUACCAAAAAAGCACGGACGUGGUGGUCAAUCCGCGCUGCGUUUCGCCCGUUUGCGAAUGGAAAAACGGCACAAUUACGUGCGAAAAGUGGCCGAAGUGGCAACACAACUCUUUAUCACCAAUGAUAAGCCCAAUAUCGCUGGCUUGAUAUUGGCGGGAAGUGCUGAUUUUAAGACUGAACUUAGUCAAUCCGAUAUGUUUGAUCCUAGAUUGCAAGCGAAAGUUAUAAAAUUAGUCGAUGUGUCGUACGGGGGCGAAAACGGGUUCAAUCAAGCGAUUGAACUGGCGGCUGAGUCGCUCCAAAACGUCAAAUUCAUCCAAGAAAAGAAACUGAUUGGCCGAUACUUUGACGAAAUCAGUCAAGACACCGGCAAAUACUGCUUCGGUGUUGAAGAUACGCUAAGAGGGCUCGAAUUAGGUGCUGUUGAAACGCUGAUUUGUUGGGAGAAUCUUGAUAUUCAACGAUACGUCUUGAAGAACCACACGACUGGUACAGAAACCGUAUUACACCUAACACCAGAACAGGAAAAGGACAAGUCACAUUUCACUGACAAAGACAGCGGCGUGGAACUGGAAUUGGUGGAGUGUCAGCCUUUGCUUGAAUGGCUUGCAAACAACUAUAAGAAUUUUGGUGCUACUUUAGAAAUUAUUACCGAUAAGUCGCAAGAAGGGUCGCAGUUCGUUCGAGGUUUUGGAGGAAUUGGAGGCAUUCUUCGUUAUAAAGUGGACUUUCAAUCUCUGCAAGCAGAUGAGCCCUUGGAUGAUGUAGAUCUUGAUGAUUAUUAAAGAUUUACAUGAACCAGAGCUCCUAAAUCAGGUUUGUUACGAUACAAAGUGGAUUUCCAGAAUUUACAGUUAGAUGAAGAACUAGACAACGGCGAUGAUUUUGAUCUAGACGAUUAUUAAAUUCCUUGUAAGGACAAUUAAACCAGCAUUUUGUAGGAGUGGUGCCGUUUAAUAUAACGUGAAGUGGCCGUAUUUUGCUCAUAUUAAAUGUGUUGUUACAAAUGAUUGAUAUACAUAAUUUUUUAGUUAAUUGUUAAUUUAUGUAAAUUUCUGAUCAUAGGUGAUUUUGUACAAGCCUUGUUUUAUUUUCCAGUUUUGCGCAGUAAAAUGGAUUUGAGAAUUGAUACUUUUCAUAAUUAUUUUAAAUUCAAGGGUCAAAGUUCCCCGGGGAUAUAUUCUUGUAUGUUUGCAUGAUCUGUGAGUUUUUACCAAGAUAUUUUUUAUUUUAUCAAACUAAAUGGAAUUGUUUAAAGUACUAAAUAUAAGUUUUUCUUUUUAAAUAAUUGGAUUUGUUCCUUUUGACAGUUCCUCAACCUCCACGUUGUAGUAUAGUAGAUUUACAUUCCUUAAAAAUUCAAAGGCAACUACUUCUAUGAAAGCUUGCGUCUGUUUUACCAGUUUGUAUCAAGCCGCAUAAUUUUACAUACAAAUUGUCUAAAUACGAAUUUUUACGUAAUAGCCACUCAUUGUACUUUUUAACGAAAUUAAGGAUCUUGUGCAGGGUUAGUGACCGCAGAAGACCCUUAAUUGGGCCAACGACCUGUCACCACGUGUUGUAUUUUUGUUUGUAAUAAAAUUACCACCAUACAAGAAACUGCAGUUUAUUUGCUGUUUCUACCGAGUGAUCAAGAAUGACUGUCAGCUGGCAACAAUUCAGUUGUAUUAAAACAAAAUUCAAAGCUGCCAACUCACAGUCCUUGAUUAUUUUGUAUAACGUGGUUUUAUAAACUUUAUUUAAAAUAAAACAAUUAUAAAUCAA